CUGCGUAUCAGCGCCGAAACUGAUACAGAACGGUCCGGGUGUUCGGCGUGCCGUUGUCAGGCACUGUAAUCUUCAGUAUUCCUUCACCGGUCGCUUCUUGGUGUGGAAGCGUUUGGCGAGCCCUUUGCCUUUCUGUACUCAGUGUGUUCUCACGCGUUAAUGCAAAGAGGCGCGCCCACAGCUAGCGGUCUAGUGUAUUAGAAUAGAACGUUCCUUACCAGUCGUGAUCAGUUUGUCUAGCAACUCUGCUUUUGCUGUGUAUGCGUUUGUUUGGUGCGUAGUGUUGCAUGUGUGUGCAUGUGGAAGCUGACGGGGAUACGUGACAGGUAGCGAGAAGGAUACCAGCCGUACAAGAAGAGCACAGAUCCUUACGCGUGUGUUUGCAAUCAGACGUACCCUAAAGAUGUUGGGCCGUUUGUUACUGUCGCGUGGAUACCACAGCACGAAGGGUGUAUUUGGCAAUCGGCCAAGACCUGCCCCCCGAUACGAAGGAGUCAGUGCAGCGGUGUUGGAAAAGCGUAACAGCAAUAGCAAUGUGUACCGAUGGGUAGAGGCAUAUCGCACUCAUGGACACCGUGUUGCAACGAUUGAUCCAGUCAGAUUUCAACCCGCCGAGACGAAUGACAGCAAGCUGCCAGAGCUUCAAUACUCUCGGUAUGGGCUCACCUCAGGCGAUCGAAUCGAUCCGACCGGUUUACUUAAUGUACCACAACGGCAGGCACUUUCGAUGGCCGAACUGGACCAAUUGCUUGCCCGCAUGUACUGUGGAACGUGCAGUAUCGAGCUAGGGUUCAUCGAGUCGGAAGAGGAACGCGAAUGGCUAGCCGCACGAUAUGAACAACUGUUCCAGCACGAACCGACCGUCACCGAACGGCGCGAAAUCGCCGAACUGAUGCUUAAAUCGCAAGCCUUCGAUCAAUUUCUAGCGGUCAAAUUCCCGACCGUAAAGCGGUACGGUGGGGAAGGUGCCGAGAGUAUGAUGGCGUUCUACUGGGAACUGUUCCGAUGUGCCGGUGAGGCAGAUCUGCGCAACAUCGUUAUCGGUAUGCCGCACCGGGGAAAGCUAAACGUACUAACAACCCUGUUUGGAACGCGUCCUGCUAAGAUAUUUAAGAAGUUCAAAGGUCACCCAGAAUUUCCUGCCGACGCGCAGGCGAUGUGUGAUAUUGCAAGCCAUUUUCAUACAACAACAGAUGUGACGGUCGGUGGAAAAACAUUUCAUCUCAAUAUGCUCCACAAUCCAUCGCAUCUGGAGGCGGUUAAUCCCGUGUCGAUGGGUAAGGCGCGGGCUAAACAACUCGCACUUGAUGAUGGUCCGUACGAUGUACAGGGUGUGGAGGAGUACCACCGUUCGAAGGUGCUGAACGUUCAAGUACACGGUGAUGCUGCCUUCCCCGGACAGGGCAUUAACCAGGAAUGUUUGAUGAUGGCGAAUGUGCCACACUUUGAGGUGGAGGGUACGGUUCAUCUGAUCGUGAACAAUCAGGUCGGCUUUACGACACCAGCCGAACGAGGUCGCAGUACCCGAUACGUGUCCGAUCUGGCAAAAUCAAUCAUGGCACCGGUGAUACACGUCAAUGCGGACGAUCCAGAGGCGCUCGCGGGUGUUACGAAGAUUGCCGUUGAAUAUAGACAAAAGUUUGGCAAGGAUUUCUUCAUCGAUCUAAACUGCUUCCGACGCUGGGGACACAACGAGCUGGACGAUCCAACGAUGACAAAUCCACUGCUGUACAAGGUGAUACACGCACGCAAAUCCAUCCCGGACGUGUACGCGGAAAAGCUUAUCGCGGCCGGUGUUUUCGACCAGCAAGAUGUGGACGCCAUCUCGAAGAGUCAUCAGAACUACCUGACGGCGGAACUCCAAGCGUAUGAGCAGUACGAACCGGAGCGCACCUAUUUCGACAAACAGUGGAGUGGUCUACAGCAGCCGGGCGAUGAAGUAACCGUUUGGAACACGGGUGUUGACUAUCGGUUGCUCAGUCAUAUCGGGCAGGAGAGUGUGAAGCUUCCGGAAGGUUUCAAUGUUCAUCCGCAUCUCCAGAAGAUACACAUCGACGCACGCUUGAAGAGGCUUGCGGAGGGUCAACGGAUCGACUGGGCAACGGCGGAAACGAUGGCGAUCGGAAGUUUGAUGUAUCAAGGAUAUAAUGUUCGACUGAGCGGCGAAGAUGUGGGCAGGGGAACGUUUUCCCAGCGCCAUGCCAUGUUGGUCGAUCAGCAGACGAACGAAAUCUUCAUUCCGUUGAACGCAAUGGCGGCGAGCAGCCCGAAUACGGGACGGUUUGAGCUAGCGAACAGUAUACUUUCCGAGGAGGCUGUGCUCGGAUUCGAGUACGGUAUGGCUAUCGACAGUCCCAACAGCUUAGUACUGUGGGAAGCACAGUUUGGUGAUUUCUUCAACGGUGCCCAAAUCAUCAUCGAUACCUUCCUGGUUAGCGGUGAAACUAAAUGGAUGGUCUGCAAUGGUCUGGUGAUGUUGCUCCCGCACGGUUACGAUGGUGCCGCUUCCGAGCACAGUUCCUGCCGCAUGGAGCGCUUUCUGCAGAUGACGGACUCGCGUGAAACAAGCCCCGACGGUGAUGCGGUCAAUUUGCAGGUUAUCAAUCCAUCCACACCUGCCCAAUACUUCCAUGCGUUACGCCGCCAAAUGAUACGCAACUUCCGGAAACCAUUGGUGGUGGUCGCACCGAAAACGUUACUGCGCCUCUCGGACUGCGUGUCAACGCACGGGGACUUUGCGCCGGGUACACACUUUCAGACGGUUCUGGCCGACCCGGAACACGGUGGGCGGAUCGAUCCGAAGCGUGUACGGCGCGUCGUACUGUGUAGUGGUAAGCACUACUACACGCUACAGGCCGAACGAAAAGCACGCCAGAUAAGCGAUGUCGCACUGGUGCGGUUAGAAUCGCUCUGCCCCUUCCCGGUGCAGGCCAUACGGGACGAGCUGGCAAAGUAUGCGAACGCGCGUGAGUUCGUUUGGAGCCAGGAAGAGCACCGAAACAUGGGUGCAUGGACGUUCGUGCAGCCGCGCUUUGAAAACAUGUGUGAACGAAGGAUUCAAUACCGUGGCCGUCCGGAAGCUGCUACCGUUGCCGUCGGUGUCAGCCAGUGGCACGUGAAAGAGGCUGAGGAAGUGAUUAAAACCACCUUGUAUUAAACCUUUCUCCUCCUGUUUGCUAAUCACCACUUCUCGAUUGUCGCGUUUUUUUAAUUUGUUUAUAUUUAGCCUUCAAUUUGUGAAAACGAAAACUGUGACCGAACAAAAACGCAACACUAGCGGGAAAGGGGUUGAUGGAUAAUUUUGCAAAUUGACUACUAUUUAUGUUUUGGUAUCAUAUUUCGUUCAGUUGCUGAUUGAGCGACAGGCACCAGACCCUAAUUCUAUAGAGUAUUUGUGUUACUAUUGCACUGUUUAUAUAUUCUCUGUUUGUUCUCGAUAGAUUCUGUGUCUCGUGUUCGAUAUCUAGAACCUGUUGAGCUUUGCGUUUUCUGGUAAAAUACAUUGACAUUUUCGGUGCCAUAUUGUUCUACUUAAAAAAUGAUUUAAAUUGAAGGCAAGGCUAUUCCGGUUAAUCUUGUUUGUGUUCGAACCUAUUCCGAACUGUAUUGUAAGCCUCCGAAAUUGGGCAGAAACAUUGUGAUGCCUUUUGUUGUACACGAUUUGUUUAAUUGAUUCUCGGUUAACUGCUCAAAUAUGAAUUAUAAAUGAGUAACGCUCUUCUUUACACUUUGAAAAUGAAAUCUAAACAAAAAUAAACACAAAACUUUUACACACAG